CCAUCAGCGAAAGCAAAACACAACAAACUGACCAACAGACAGUACGUAUUUGCAUUACCGCUGCGUAACAGUUUGAACAGACAGUUGGAAAAUAGUUGAGUAUAUGAAUGGCUGUGAAUAGACAUGUAAUGUCAAGUCUAUCGAGAUCUAGAGUAGUAGUAACAGGACUAGGUUUAGUCACAUGUCUUGGGGUUGGUGUAGAUAAAACAUGGAAGAAUCUGAUCAGUGGUCAAUGUGGAAUAACUCAACUACCAACUAAAGAAUAUGAUAAAAUACCAUGUAAAGUGGCCGGUAUAGUUCCAUGUGGCACCAAGGAUGGGGAACUUAAUAUUGCUAAACAUUUUACUCCAACUGAAUUACGAGGAUUACCCCUGUCCUCAGCUUAUGCUAUGAUAGCAGCCGAAGAAGCCUUGAAUAUGGCAAAGUGGAAACCCGACCAGGAGGAAGAGAGAAUAAGAACAGGUGUAGCAAUUGGUAUGGGUAUGGUAUCAUUAGAAGAGAUAGCAGACGUUGGUGAGGCUUUGCGAGGGCGUGGUUACAAUAGAGUAUCGCCCCAUUUCAUACCCCGUAUAUUGGUUAACAUGGCUGCUGGACAUGUUAGUAUAAAACAUGGACUCAAGGGUCCUAAUCAUGCUGUUUCAACGGCUUGUACGACGGGACUACAUGCCAUUGGUGAUGCCUAUAGUUUUAUACAGAGAGGUGUAGCUGAUGUGAUGGUUGCAGGAGGAACUGAAGCAUCUGUAAGCCCCCUGUCUAUAGCAGGUUUCAGUAGAAUGAGAGCUUUGAGUACAAAAUUUAACAAUAAUCCUCAAGAAGCAUCUCGACCGUUUGAUAAAGAUAGAGAUGGUUUUGUAAUGUCAGAAGGAUGUGGUGUUGUUGUUCUUGAAGAAAUGAAUCAUGCUAUAAAUAGAGGGGCUGAUAUAAUAGCAGAAAUACAGGGUUAUGGACUUUCAGGUGAUGCUCAUCAUAUAACAUCUCCUAGUGAAGGUGGGGAUGGAGCUUAUAGGUGUAUGCAAACCGCACUUAAAGAUGGCAACAUUGAAAUAAAGGAUAUUGGCUAUAUUAAUGCACAUGCAACUUCAACACCCAUUGGGGAUGCAGCAGAAUCUAGAGCUAUAGAAAAACUCUUUAACAAUGAAAACAAACAUUUAUUGGUGUCGUCUACAAAAGGUGCCGUGGGUCAUUUAUUGGGUGCUGCUGGUAGUGUGGAAGCUGUUUUUACCAUUUUAGCCUGCCAGUCUGGAAAAAUCCCGCCUACAAAUAAUUUAAAGAAUUCCAACACGGGUUGUGAUCUGAACUAUGUGGCUAUAAACAGUGUUCCCUGGUCAGCACAGUUCAAUAGAAAAAUAGCCUUAACUAAUUCUUUUGGAUUUGGUGGCACAAAUGGAAGUUUGUGUAUAUCCGAUUUUGUUCAGUAAAAACAAAUUUCAUCUUCAA